GCCGCCCUCCCGGCCGCCGCGAUGCCCAGCGCACCCGGCCUCCGCGCCCUCUGGCUCUGCGCCGCGCUCUGCGCCUCCCCGUGCGCCCCCCAGCCUGGCCCGCGGCCCGCCUGCCCGGCCCCCUGCCGCUGCCACGAGGACGGCAUCAUGCUGUCGGCCGACUGCUCUGAGCGCGGGCUCUCGGCGGUGCCGGGGGACCUGGACCCCCUGACGGCUUACCUAGACCUGAGCAUGAACAACCUCACGGAGCUCCGGCCUGGCCUCUUCCUCAACCUGCGCUUCCUGGAGGAGCUGCGUCUCUCUGGAAACCGCCUCUCGCACAUCCCGGGACAGGCGUUCUCUGGUCUCUACAGCCUGAAAAUCCUGAUGCUGCAGAACAACCUGCUGGGAGGGAUCCCCGCCGAGGCGCUGUGGGAACUGCGGAGCCUGCAGUCUCUGCGCCUCGAUGCCAACCUCAUCUCCCUGGUCCCGGACAGGAGCUUCGAGGGGCUGUCCUCCCUCCGCCACCUGUGGCUGGACGACAACGCGCUCUCCGAGAUCCCCGUCAGGGCCCUCGGCAACCUCCGCGCCCUGCAGGCCGUGACCCUGGCCCUGAACCGCAUAGGCCACAUUCCCGACCACGCCUUCCGGAACCUGUCCAGCCUCGUGGUGCUGCAUCUCCAUAACAACCACAUCCAGCACCUGGGGACCCACAGCUUCGAGGGGCUGCACAACCUGGAGACUCUAGACCUGAAUUACAACCAGCUGCACGAGUUCCCCGUGGCCAUCCGGACGCUGGGCCGCCUGCAGGAACUGGGUUUCCAUAACAACAACAUCAAGGCCAUCCCCGAGAAGGCCUUCCUGGGGAACCCUCUGCUGCAGACGAUACACUUCUAUGACAACCCGAUCCAGUUCGUGGGGAGGUCGGCGUUCCGGUACCUGCCCAGGCUGCACACCCUAUCUCUGGAUGGGGCCACGGACACCCAGGGGUUCCCAGAUCUCAAAGGCACCACCAGUCUGGAGAUCCUGACCCUGACCCGCGCGGGCCUCCGGCGGCUCCCCCCGGGGCUGUGCCAGCAGCUGCCCAGGCUCCGUGUCCUGGAGCUGUCUCACAACCAGAUCGAGGGGCUGCCCAGCCUGCACGGGUGUCAGAAGCUGGAGGAAAUUGGCCUCCAGCACAACCGCAUCUGGGAAAUCAGAGCUGACACCUUCCGCCAGCUGACCUCCCUGCAGGCCCUGGACCUGAGCUGGAACGCCAUCCGGUCCAUCCACCCCGAGGCCUUCGUGACCCUGCGCUCCCUGGUCAAGCUGGACCUGACGGACAACCAGCUGACCACACUGCCCCUGGCCGGGCUUGGGGGCCUGGUGCAUCUGAAGCUCAAAGGGAACUGGGCUCUGUCCCAGGCCUUCCCCAAGGACAGCUUCCCCAAACUGAGGACCCUGGAGGUGCCCUACGCCUAUCAGUGCUGCUCCUACGGCGUCUGCGCCCGCUUCUUCCAGGCCUUGGGCCGACGCGCGCCCCACGGCCCUCACCCUGACGACCGGGACGCUCCCAAAACGCCCCUGGGCCUCCUUGCCAGCCCAGCCGAGAGCCGCUAUGAUGUGGACCCGGACGAGCUCCAGCUGGAGAUGGAGGACCCCAGGCCACACCCCACUGUCCAGUGCAGCCCUGUUCCAGGCCCCUUCAAGCCCUGCGAGCACCUCUUCGAGAGCUGGGGCGUCCGCCUGGCCGUGUGGGCCGUUGUGCUGCUCUCCGUGCUCUGCAACGGGCUAGUGCUGCUGAGCCUGUCCGCAGCCGGGCCCGGCCCCCUGCCCCCGGUCAAGUUCGUGGUGGGGGCCAUCGCAGGGGCCAACACCCUGACCGGCCUCUCCUGUGGCCUCCUCGCCUCGGUGGACGCGCUGACCUUCGGCCAGUUCGCGGAGUACGGCGCCCGCUGGGAGUCGGGCCCGGGCUGCCGGGCCACGGGCUUCCUGGCCGUGCUGGGCUCCGAGGCCUCGGUGCUGCUGCUGACCUUGGCCGCCGUGCACUGCAGCGUGGCUGUGGCCUGCGUGCGGGCCCGAGGGAAGGCGCCGGCCCCGGGCAGCUUGCGCGCGGGGGCCCUGGGCUGCCUGGUGCUGGCGGGGCUGGCGGCCGCCCUGCCACUGGCCUCCGUGGGUGAGUACGGGGCCUCCCCGCUCUGCCUGCCGUACGCCCCUCCCGACAGCCGGCCGGCCGCCCUGGGCUUCGCCGCGGCGCUGGUGAUGCUGAACGCCAUCUGCUUCCUGGCGGUGGCCGCAGCCUACGUCAGGCUCUCCUGCGACCUGCCCAGGGCCGAGCUGGAGGCCGUGUGGGAUUGCGCUGCCGUGCGCCACGUGGCCUGUCUCACCUUCGCCGACGGGCUCCUCUACUGCCCCGUGGCCUUCCUGAGCCUGGCGUCCGCGCUGGGCCUCUUCCCCGUCACUCCCGAGGCCGUCGAGUCCGUGCUGCUCCUGGUGCUGCCCCUGCCCGCCUGCCUCAACCCCCUGCUCUACCUGCUCUUCAGCCCCCACUUCCGGGAGGACCUGCGGCGGCUCCGGCCCUGCCCGGGGGUCCCGGGGCCCCUCGCCCUGGCGGCCGCCGGCCAGCUGGAGCCGAGCUCCUGCGACUCCACCCAGGCCCUGGUGGCCUUCUCGGACGUGGAGCUCAUCCUGGAGGCCUCCGAGGCGGGCGGGCCCCCCGGGCCGGAGACCUACGGCUUCACCUCCGUGACCCUCGCCCCCUGCCAGCAGCCCGGGGACUCCCGGCCGGAGGGCAGCCACUUUGCGGAGCCAGAGGGAACCCGCUUUGGGAACCGGCCACCCGCCGUGGACGGCGGACAGCCGCGGGGGGCUGAGGGGGCCGUGCCAGUGGGGGGAGUCCGGGCGGGGGCCGGGGGCUUCCAGGCGUCUGGCUCUGCCUCGGCCUCACACCUGUAAAUGUCCUCUUCAUUCCCCUACGCCCCUCUCCUCCCGCCUCCUCCGUGAAGGACGCUGCUUGUAAAAUAAACCCCGGCAGAUGUCCCUGCUCUCCCAGGCCACUGCUGUGUGUCCUUGGCCUGGUUUCCCCUCGGCCCUGCUCUGGCCUCUUCCCUGUCGCGUCUGAGGCUGAGGACCAGAGGUCUGGACGUUUGUCCGCUUAAGGGAAAUGAGGGGAGCAGAGGACAGUGACGGGGGUGGGGGCCCGAGAGGCCCAGGAUCAGGUGCGAUGGGCAGGGGACCUCACAGAGGCCAAGAAGGGGCCGCCAGGGCAUCUCCCCUUGCUCCGGGACUGGAUGCACACGUGCUCUGUGCCCCACUGGUCCUGAACAUGCCGCUCAAAAGAGUCCUGUGAAAAUAAGUUCCUGAAAAUAGGACAUUGUGCCCCUUUCUUAGAGAUUCAGGGUGCACGUCAGUGUGGUAAAGAGGCAGGAGAAUCCCACAGCAGUGAGAUCUGUUGAACUUGCUUUAAGCCAGUUCCCCAAACUAUUGAACAGUGGGGUUUGGUUUGCCGGUUGGGUUUUCGUGGAAUAUCUACUAGCGUCUCACAGACCAGCCCUCGUCUCUCCCAGGGGCCCCUUCUGCACCACCUGGUGACAUCACAAGAGGCCACCAGUCCUGAAAGCCCGGUCCUGGGAGCUGGACCCUGUCAACCAGAUGUGACCUUCUUGUCCCUCUUGUCCUGCCCUGAAAAGAGUGGGGAGUGGGCUGCUUCCCUGUGUUCCAGCCUCAGACCCCGGCACGGGGCAGGUGGAAGGGCUCCCAGCCUCCAGAGAAGCUUCCGCCCUCAUGCGACGGAGGGUUCCUGGCUCCCGGCUGCCUUCCUGUGGUUCCUGUGGUUCUCCGUCUGCCACCUUCUGCCCCAAGCCUGGCCCUUCCUCUGUGCCCCAGGCCCUGCCCUCUAGGGGGCACAGGGAGCCCCUGACCAGUGGCUGGGGGGAUAUUUGUGUUGCGUGUUGGGUUGCAGGAAGCGUCACCCAGGCCUGGGACUCCUGGGCACCCCAGAUUGGCUGGGACCUUCUGCCUUUCCCGUCGUGGUCUCCCUCCCUUACUUUUUACCAGGGCACACCCUCCCUGCCCCCAAAUACAGGAUGAGGCGUGAGAGCCGGGGCUCGGAAGAGGGUGAGACCUGUCCAGGGCACCCCGACAUCUGCCACGUCGGGAUGGGAGUCGGAAUCCGGGACCCAGCAGGACCCAGCGCUCCCCGAGUGCUGUCGUGGUCCUGAGCCAGCCCCCUAGGGCCUCGCUCCUAGGAUGGCCUGGGUAGGUCCUUCUAUUGAUAGUUUCAUGGCCGGCGGCCCAGUGUCUCUUUGUCUCCCUGCCCUCCCCCCGAAGUGGAAAUUCUCACAGGAGUCGCCAAAGCCACCAGGUGGGGUGGAGGGAUGAGGUGGGGACCACGGGGGAACCGGCACAUUUUCAGUCUCAUUCUAAGUCGAGCUGAGUCGCCUGGCCUCUCCCAGGCUCUGAAGCCAGACGUGCUGCCCUGGUACCACAGAAGAGCCCCAGGGCCCAGGCGCGGGGCCAGCCCCGGCAGGCGCUCGCCAGUGGUGGUGGAUUCAUUUGUCAGCCGGUGAUGUGAGAACCCCGGUCUCUCCACCUCCCGGGGUUGAUCAGGAGCCUCUCGUGGAAGCAGGUCGCUCUACUUCGGUGCUGAGAAGCAGUGACUCUUAUGUGAGAAAGGAGUUCUCUGAGACGCCCCAGGGACGGACAGCAAAGGGGGUGUGGUUUUGGGAGCCUCGACUUCUGGGAGGUCGCCCAGGCCCCCUCCCUGUGUGACCACUGUCCCCCCAGAGUCGGAGCUGUUGCUGGGUGGGCCGGGGGGAGGACGGCCCUGCGUUGGAGCCCAGGAGUCGUGGGACCCGUACCUGCAUUGGCCUCUCCCACGAGGAGGGGCUGGGGCUUCAGGGCUGCAAACUCGAGGGCAGCCCCACCGCUGUCUGUGUUCUAUUCCCAACCAGCUGGGCAUUGGCCAGGGCUCCACCUUUUGGUUGCAGGAGAGGUGUUUGCCAGGAACUGUUCUUAUUAUUCAAAAGCCUCGUAGAUGUUGUACAUUCACCCAACACGAGAGGUGAAGUAAAGUUUCUUCGUGUUCGCCUGGCUUUCCUGCAAGUCGGUGUGUCAAUCCUUGGUUCUGUCCGUUGUGAUCAG